CGCCCCCUCCUCUUCGCUCGCCCCCUCCCCUCCCCCCUCGCCAGUCUCUCGGCUGCGCAGCUCGCGGCGCGGUUGUUGCGCGCGGGAGAGGCGGUUGAGCGGGAGGGAGGACGAGGGAGAGAUAGAGCCGUUGUGGCGAGCGCGAGCGAGGCCGCGGACGAGCCAGCCGCUCCUGCCCGCGAGCGGACCCGCGCGAGCGUCGGAGCCGGCGUUGCUAGCGCCCCACAGGGGUAUCCGAAGCAGAAGGGGGGGAACAGCCCCGGCUAUCCUGGAAUUUACUUUGUAGAUAGACAAGGCUCAAACUUCGAGAGAUCUGCCUCUGCCUCGGGUUUGCUGGAUUAAAGGCGAAUAUCCUUGUUUUAAAACAGAAACAUCUAGCACUUAACUCAAGCAGUAUUGAAAUGGAUUGGGUUAUGAAACAUAAUGGUCCAAAUGACGCUAGCGAUGGGACUGUGCGACUUCGUGGACUGCCAUUUGGUUGCAGCAAAGAGGAAAUAGUUCAGUUCUUUCAAGGGUUGGAAAUCGUGCCAAAUGGGAUAACAUUGACGAUGGACUACCAGGGGAGAAGCACAGGGGAGGCCUUCGUGCAGUUUGCUUCAAAGGAGAUAGCAGAAAAUGCUCUGGGGAAACACAAGGAAAGAAUAGGGCACAGGUAUAUUGAGAUCUUCAGGAGUAGCAGGAGUGAAAUCAAAGGAUUUUAUGAUCCACCAAGAAGAUUGCUGGGACAGCGACCGGGACCAUAUGAUAGACCAAUAGGAGGAAGAGGGGGUUAUUAUGGAGCUGGGCGUGGAAGUAUGUAUGACAGAAUGCGACGAGGAGGUGAUGGAUAUGAUGGUGGCUAUGGAGGUUUUGACGACUAUGGUGGCUAUAAUAAUUAUGGCUAUGGAAAUGAUGGCUUUGAUGACAGGAUGAGAGAUGGAAGAGGCAUGGGAGGACAUGGCUAUGGUGGAGCUGGUGAUGCAAGUUCAGGUUUCCAUGGUGGUCAUUUUGUGCACAUGAGAGGCCUGCCUUUUCGUGCGACUGAAAAUGAUAUUGCUAAUUUCUUCUCACCACUCAAUCCAAUACGUGUUCAUAUUGAUAUUGGAGCCGAUGGCAGAGCAACAGGAGAGGCAGAUGUAGAGUUUGUGACACAUGAAGAUGCAGUGGCUGCCAUGUCUAAAGAUAAAAACAACAUGCAACAUCGAUAUAUUGAACUCUUCUUGAAUUCUACCCCUGGAGGUGGCUCUGGAAUGGGAGGUUCUGGAAUGGGAGGCUAUGGCAGAGAUGGAAUGGAUAAUCAAGGAGGAUAUGGAUCUGUUGGGAGAAUGGGAAUGGGUAAUAGUUACAGUGGAGGCUACGGCGCUCCAGAUGGCUUGGGAGGCUAUGAAAAGAGAGUUGUUGCCACAGCAUAUUACUUGGAGCCCGUUGGCCUAAAAUGGUUUUCACUAUCUAUAAAUAGCAUAGGGAUGGACCAAGCAAGCUGCUCUUGAAACUUGUCUUAGUCCUCCUUUCAUGCCUUACUAUCUUAAUUCUGUCUCAAGGCCAUUUCUGUCCAUACGCAACAAAUGACAUCUGGGGGUGUGGGAGUAACUCAAUUGGUAGAGUACCUGGCCAAUGUGCACAAAUUCAGGGGUUCCAUCCCCAGCACCACAUACAAACACCAGACAGCUGUAAUCUCGGCAGCUGGGAGGUGUGGAAGUCAGGCAGUUCAAGAUCUUCCCCUGCUGCACACCAGGUUGGAAGCCAACUUGGGGUUUAAAAGAAGAAACAUCUAGAAAUCUGUCAGAAGGAACUGAAGUUGACCACAGAGCCUGGUAAAUACUACUGGUUUUUAUAAUUUUGGCAAUUUAUCAAAACUUAGUGAAAUGCAGCAAAUGAAAAGAUCCUGCAGAAAAGGGGAUCAUAAAAAUAGCCAGUUACUGAACAGUGUUCUUGGGAAUGUAAAAUCACUAGAGUUUUGAAAGGCUUAUAGACUUAAAAGUACAAGACUGGAAAUUAAUGUAUUAAAGAUCCUAAAUGCUUUUUCUCCUCCCUGCUUGAAAAAAUAAGGAACUACUACCUAAAGUACUUGAUACACAUAUAGGGUGAAAUUCUGUUGUGGGUAAGCGUAAACACGCCAAUGUAAUGCUUCCUAGAAGUUAUUCUUAAGAGAACCGAGGGUGGAGAAACUUAAUUCUUUUAUAGCAGUGCUCUUCUAAUGCUUAGAAUCAGUCUUUAAAGUUUAAAGGCCUGUGGUCUCUCUCGGUCCCCCGUCCCCUGGGAAGGAAUGUUUUCUCCUUUAGUAUACGAAUGAUGGUUAUAAGUGAAGGAAAAGCUAGAGGCCAGAUCACUGGUCCUUUAAUCCACUGUAUGGAAGAUGUGGGCAAGUGAAAAGAAAAAGAUGGGAUAAAAUCAUUGGUCUUUCCCAUUGGAGAGAAGAACGAGCAAAUAAAUACAGCUAAAUUAGUAUCUUAGCAGAGAGUGAAGAAUACACAGGCCUGGGAUGGAGGCACACACCUAUACCCCAGCACUUCAGAGCCGAGGAGAGAAAGUCAGUCUGUCUGUCUGUCCUGGAACUUAAAACUCUUUCUACCAGGCUGGCCUUGCUCAACUCGGAUCCACCUGCCUCUGUAUCCUAAGUGCUGGGAUUAAAGGCAUGGGCCACCAUUUUUAAAAAUGUUAACGUCAUAUAACAUAAAGUGAGUGCAUUUCCAGUUUUUCUCUGAGAAUUGUGACGCUUUAAAGUGCAUUAAGAGAUACACAGGCACUCUCAAGUGCCAACUCGACAGUUUGGAAGCAAGUAAGGUGUGGCCUUGUUCUCAAGAAGGCCUCUAAAGGUAAGGCAAGUGUGCAUUAGCUCUGCUGUCUGACCUGUUUGUUAAAGGUUACUUGAUUGUUGAAGUGGUGAUAAAACAUGCUAUCUUAAAAUCUGUUUAAGUACAGGAACAGAAUACUAACCCAUAUAACUUAGAAACCUGUGUGGUAGCUGGAGGCGAGGUUCAGUGCUGACUGGGCACUGCUGUACACACAGCCCUCACUCACUGCGGGUGCUUCUGUGCAGAACUGAGUGUCCGUGUCAUGGCACAUUGGAGGAGCAUCUCUGAAUGAGCAUUGCAUGACAGGAAUCACAGACUCGAACUGGCUUUGGUGAAGAAGGCAGAGGCAGCUCGUUGUCAGAGCAGGCGUUACAGAAAAUUUCCCCACAGUUUCUACAGUGGUGCUAUUAAAUGGAAAAGUCAGGGAAAAUAAAACUCAAUUAGAAGCCA